AUGCCAUCUUCCGGUCAAUACGAGGAACCCUUGAUACACACAUAUGGCAGCCCUGACGUUUUUGGGCGUCGCCACCACAACAAUGGUGAUACCGCCCUUGAAUUCUACGAGCGCAAUGGGGAAUUCACAGUGUUUGACGCAUUAGCGAUUACAGAGCUCAACGAGGCGUAUAAACCUCAUCAGAAAACAGACGUUCCCCCACCUUACUUGAAGCCAGGGCAGACCAUCCCCAACCGGAUGAUUGUCACAUCUCCCAACGCAGAUUGGAUGCCAUUUAUCUCUUUGCGACCCCGAGCUGUCCGGGCACGAGAGGACGGUCGUUUUGCCUGGGCAGAUUUCACUGUAUGCCCACAAUGGUUUAUCGACACCCAUUGGCAUCUCCCUUUCGUCAGAUCGCGUCUGCUCGAAGUCAAAAUCAAAGACCAUGAACUCGGGUUCUGUUGGUGGGAGUUGCGAGAUAACCACUUCGUGGAAGCGAAAGGCUCCGCUUACCGCGAUCUUGGUACUCUGCGUGGUGAUAUCGCCGAUUUUCUGCGAGAGGAGGCCAAAAAGCUUCACCUUGCAUGCCGAGACAUCAAGCAGACGAAGGAUUUUGGCCGUCUCUUCUACCUGGCGAACAAGACUGUAGACGCGGCCCUGCAACUCAAAUUUUGCUCUUUCACCAAACGCGACAUGAUCUACCACAUCUGCUCCUUCCAGCGCCUCUAUCUGGAAACCCUCGCCAUGUUCGACUGGCACACCAAGUGGGCUUUCCGGCUCAACGACAGCACCGGCAAAAUCUACGAGAUUGAUGAGACGAUCAUGGGUGCAAUUACGGACAGCCCCGACUGUAUCGCAAUGCUCUACCGAGCUGGUGUACCUGGUUGGUAUGUCCGACCGCCCUCAAGUAUCCCACAUGACAUGACUAUUCGUUGCAUCGUUGCACCUGGUUGGGAAAAAAUGCCAACGACACGCGGUCCAAUGUCCGAAGUUUUGGAUGUAAUUUUGACAUGGACCAGACAAGCCCCACAUGGAAUGCUCUCAAGUCCGAAAUUUUACUGCACCAAUGUCCGAAAUUUUGGAUGUAAUUUUGACAGGGGCCAGACAACCCCCAUGAAAUGCUCCAAUGUCUGA